AUGGGGGCAACCUCUUUCCAUCAUUCUAUCCUCGAGGUCCGGCUACCGAAGCACUUCGAUAAGCCAACGGAUAUGAGGUAUGAUGGGACCCAAGACCCGCAAGAGCAUCUAACGGCCUUCAAGGCUAGGAUGAUUCUAGAAGGGGUAGGCGACGAGGUGAGGUGUUGCGCCUUACCGGUCACCUUGGCAGGGCCUGCCAUUCGAUGGUUCAACAACCUCCCACAAUGUUCUAUGGUCGCGUUUUCAGACAUCACCCGCGCCUUCCUGGCCCAGUUUACUACCCGCAUUGCAAAGGCAAAACACCCGAUCAACCUCCUCGGGGUGACGCAACAAACCAGAGAGCCGACCAGGAAAUACCUAGACAGGUUCAACGACGAGUGCUUGGAGAUCGACUGCCUAACUGACUCAGUGGCCAGUCUAUGUUUGACGAAUGGGUUGCUGAAUGAGGAUUUCAGGAAGCACCUUACCACCAAGCCCGUAUGGACGAUGCAGGAAAUCCAAAACGUGGCCAGGGAGUAUAUCAAUGAUGAAGAAGUCAGUAGGGUUGUGGCAGCCAACAAGGGGCAGCCCGCGUACAACCAACCUUGUCAGCACAGUAGCGGGGAAAGGCCGAUGGAUCACUCCAAGGAUGGAGUUCCGGCAAAGACCUCCAGGCCAUUCCCCCGGGUCGGUAGGUUUACCAAUUACACCCCCCUGGUAGCACCGAUUGUCGAGGUCUAUCAGCAGAUAGCCGAUAAGGCCAUUCUGUCGAAGCCCCAACCUCUAAAGAACAGGACCGGAGGGAACAAAAACCUCUAUUGUGAUUACCAUAAGGGCUUUGGUCACAAGACACAAGACUGUUUUGAUCUUAAAGACGCCUUGGAACAGGCAAUCCGAGAUGGCAAGCUGGCGAAACUAUCCCAUCUGAUAAGGGAACCGAGAAGGCGCGACAGGGACCGACCUGGUGACGGCCAGGAUCGGGCCGUGAGACAAAGACGGGAACCCGAAGAGGAUAGUGAAAGAGGACUCACGGUCAUGAAUGUUGUAGUUGGUAGGGACGCCGCCCCCAGGUCAAGGUCGGCAUGUAGAAAGGAUGCCAAAGUUUUGGCAGCAUCCUCAUCCAAUGCCACACCCUCCCCCAGGAAAGUACCAUUAAUCUUGUUUGGACCUGAAGACUAA